AUGUCUUCAAAACGCCAUAAAUACAUAAUAACAGCCACGAAGUAUGCGUCCAAGUGGGUCGAAGCAAUACCCCUUAAAGAUUACGCAGGAGAUACAGUAGCCGCGUUCAUCAAGAAGCACAUCAUUUACAGGUUCGGCGCACCUAUGAUAAUCAGGGCAGACAACGCAAAAUCAUUCGUGAAUAAGGACGUGAUUGACUUGCUCCGCCAGUACAAUAUAAGGCUCCACACGUCAACUCCCUACUACCCCAAAGGGAAUGGGCAGGCGAAAGCGACUAACAAGAUGCUCAUCUGGAUCCUUAGCAAAGCAGUGCACGAUCAUCAUAUAGAAUGUCAUGAACAACUGCCACUAGCGCUCUGGGCAUAUAGGAUUUCGAAGCGCAUCUCCACGGUAGCAUCACCUUAUUCGCUAGUCUACGGAGAAUAUGCGAUACUGCCUACAGAAAUAGCGAUCCCAUCUGCAAGGGUGGCAAUGGCUAGCCACACCACACCUGACGAAAUAAGCCGCUUCGCCCAUUUGGACACAAUAGAGGAAAGGAGAGCACGAGCGGAAAGAUUCUCGGAAGCCUACAGAAAGCGUGCAACUAAUUACUAUAACCAGGGCGUCAGGGAAAGAGCAUUUAAGGUGGAUGAGUUGGUCUUAAAAAUCGCCCCACACGUACAAAGAAACACCAGUGCCGAAAAGUUUGCUGCAAAUUGGGAAGGUCCGUUCAUGGUAAGGAAAGUGGCAGAAAGUGGAUACUACAAGGUUAGGCGUAUGAACGGAAUUGAAGUCAAAACGCCUAUUAACGGCAAGUGGUUGAAAAAAAUUUAUGCAUGA